AACCACUUCCGGUUGGGCGGUGCUUGUGCGCGGGAGUUGAGCCCCUGGGUGAGCCGCGGCCACGGUCUCCUGCAGCGUGGAGCUACUGGGAUAGGUAGGUUAUCAUGGACCUGCGGCAGUUUCUUAUGUGCCUGUCCCUCUGCACAGCCUUUGCUUUGAGCAAGCCUACAGAAAAAAAGGACCGAGUACACCAUGAGCCUCAGCUUAGUGACAAAGUUCACAACGAUGCUCAGAAUUUUGACUAUGACCACGAUGCCUUCUUGGGUGCAGAAGAGGCAAAGACUUUCGAUCAGCUGACACCAGAAGAGAGCAAGGAAAGGCUUGGAAUGAUUGUAGAUAAAAUAGACGCGGAUAAAGAUGGGUUUGUGACGGAGGGGGAGCUGAAAUCAUGGAUUAAGCACGCCCAGAAGAAAUACAUAUAUGACAAUGUUGAAAACCAGAGGCAGGAGUUUGAUAUGAACCAAGACGGCUUAAUCUCCUGGGAUGAGUACAGAAACGUGACUUAUGGCACUUACUUGGACGAUCCAGACCCUGAUGAUGGAUUUAAUUAUAAACAGAUGAUGGUUAGAGAUGAGCGGAGGUUUAAAAUGGCAGACAAGGAUGGAGACCUAAUUGCCACAAAGGAGGAGUUUACAGCUUUCCUGCACCCUGAGGAGUAUGACUACAUGAAAGACAUAGUUGUGCAGGAGACAAUGGAGGAUAUAGACAAGAAUGCUGACGGUUUCAUUGAUCUAGAAGAGUAUAUCGGUGACAUGUACAGUCAUGAUGGAGAUGCUGAUGAGCCAGAGUGGGUGAAGACAGAGCGCGAACAGUUUGUUGAGUUUCGAGAUAAGAACCGGGAUGGGAAAAUGGACAAGGAGGAGACCAAAGACUGGAUCCUCCCUUCAGACUACGACCACGCAGAGGCAGAAGCCAGGCACCUAGUCUAUGAGUCAGACCAGAACAAGGACGGCAAGCUGACCAAGGAGGAGAUUGUGGACAAGUAUGAUUUAUUUGUGGGCAGCCAGGCCACAGAUUUCGGGGAGGCCUUGGUGCGGCACGAUGAGUUCUAAGCUGCACAGAGGAACCUGCAUUUCUUCAAAAGUAAUUUAUUUUUACAGCUCUGGUUUCACACAAAAUUGUUUGCGCUACUGAGACUGUUAUUACAAACUUUUUAAGACGUGAAAAGGAAUAUUGAGAUAAUGAAAGUCAUCCCACCCCGUCCCUCCCACUUCUGAGGGACUGGAGGAGCCGUGCUUCUGAGGAACAACUGAUUAGUACACUUGUGUUGUAGGUUUACACUUUGUAUAAUGUAUAACAUGGUGUGUUUAUUUUUAUAUUGUUCUCUAGUUGGGAGUAUAAUAUGAAGGAUCAAGAUCCUUAACCCACACUUGUAGGCAAACAUUAGCCCUUUACUUUCUCAACCCUUUACCACACAUUUUUUUUCUAUAAUUCUCACUUAAGUAAUUUUUUUUUUUAAGCCUGAGAUCAAUAAGAAAUGUUCAGGAGAGGGAAAAAAGGAAAAUCAUGUGCCCCGUGAUUUAUGUUUAGAGAGGUAAUGCUUUAUAUUGCCUGUUGAGAAGUCUUAUUUCACAAGUAAGUGUUCAGUUGGCACAGGCCACUGAGCCUGCCCUUGUCUGGGCAAGGGUAGCUCCUAUGCUGUAGGACAGCUUGACGCAACUUGACUUCAUUCUUUUUCCCCCUUUAGGACUAGGUCUUUGCUAAUUUUGUCAAGCACAGCUGUGAUAGGAAGAAUUAGGGCCAGUGUCUUGAAAAGUCAAUCAAGAAGUGUGUAUGAGCUCUUCACAGGGCUAUUUCUAUUUCUAGCUCUUUACAGCGCUGUUUCCAGCUAGAACAGCUGGAAAGGAAAGGAAGAGCGAGCACAGGGCCUGCAUGUUAUUCCUCGUGUGCACCUAUUGACGUCACCGUGGGCCCCAGCCAGCCCUUUCCUAAGAUUCAACUUGGUUUUUACUGCAGUUAAAAUUGAUUCUUUUCCAAUCAUGUCAUUGAAAGUGCCUUUAACAGAAAAGAUUAUCAUUGAAUGGGAAUUUAAUUAAGAAACCACAAGGUAAAUGAUUUGGGCACCUUACAUGAAAGCAUUUAACCUCCUGACAUAGUGGGGAUUUUCCCCUUCCUUUUCUCUGUGGACAAUAGCUAAUAGCAGUAUUAGUUACAAGCUUGGCUGCAGUGUUUUUAUCUUGUGGGCUGGUUUCUAAAAACCUCAUGCUGCUGAUCUGACCAAGGAUCCUCAUACCUCAGAAUGCAAACCACUCUCUCCCAGGCCUCUGUUUACCAGAGCUUGAGCUUUGACUCCAAGAUAGAAGGAUGUACAGAGGGGCUCUUUGGUUUGAGGACCACUGCCCACCCUUCCUGUCCUUAACGCCUCACACCCCAUUGUAUCAUCUCCCUUUCUCUCUGACAUAGAAAGGUAGGGUAGGGAGGAGGGUCAUGGAUCAUCAGGUUGCCAUCAUUAUUUAAAAAAAAAAAACAUCUGUUGCUAACUCCAUUCACCCAUAUUUGGUCUCUUGCUGAUGGUCCUCUUAAUAAUUAUUGUAUUCCAAGUCUUUAACCCUCAGGUUGCUAAGGUAAAUAUGUCCGUAUAAUCUUUAUUACUUCCUAUAUCUCUGAAUAAUACAUUCAGGUGGUGCUGGGUGAUGGUCAUAUCUGAACCUAGACCUACCCUUUGGUCUUCCACAAUCCCGUUGAAGUGGGCUGCGUGGUGUGGUAAAGAGCUCUGUGUGGUGUGCCUCCACCCCAGCCAUUGCAUCAAGCUCUUGACAGCAGAUACAUGCUAAGUUCUAACCCCGGUGUAGGCGUAAUGAACAUUCUCUGCCUUC